AUGACGUCCCCUCCCUCGCUUGAUCCUUUUCCUCCCCCAAUUCCCGUCGACACCCACCCCAACCGCGCCCCAGGAUCUAAGUCUCCUGAGCCCGAACGGACCCUCCCCGACCCCGAUCGAUUGGCACCGGAGGAUGCUUACUUUGCGCCGUCCCUCUCACGCGUUCGGUCAGCCCCUGCAAAUUACGACCAUAAUUUGCGCUCCCUGAACGGCGAUAAUGCAGCCCAUCUCAGCUCUGCCGCGGCGUUACGCAAGAAAUUGGGUGGUCCUGGAAGGCGUCGCAAGCGAAAGGGUGCUUGGAAGAAGUUGCUCUGGGUGAAACAGUCAUACCCGGACAAUUAUACCGAUACCGAAACAUUUCUCGAUCAUCUGCAGCGCAACCCCAGAGUACGGCCAUACGAUUUCUGGCCUCUGGUAGCAGAUUCAACCGUGAUCGUACAGCAUGUAUGCUCAGUGGUGAUAUUUGUUUGUUGCUUCGUUGGUAUUGUCCAAGACCGAGUCAGUCCUGUCUCAAUUGUCUGCUGGGGAAGUGUUGGCACGGCCGUGGGAUGGAUUUUAUGGGACAAUUGGAUCUGGAACGAACACGCGCAAUCAACACAAAGCUCAGAUCAUACUGCUGAAGGCGAUGAUGGCUCCAGCUCGAGUUCAAUCACGAGUGCGGCCAACCCUCAUGCGAAUGACACGCCACCCGACGAUAUUAAAACAAACGCCAUUCACGGGCUUGGGUUGACGAUGUCCGAGAAUCAAUCGAAAGAACACUUGGCUAGUCCUGGUGCAGGUCCCACCGAGAGCAUUGACGGCGUGGCAUAUAUGAAUACCCAAGCCGCCUUGCCACCUGCCCCUCCCAGUGCUGUUCCCAAUAGCACAGAUGGAUCAUUCUCCCAGGAGAUCCCUCGAGUCUCCAUGUUAUCACCUCGCAACCGACAGCGAAUGACCACAGUUAAAUCGGCUUUUCUGAUUUACUUCGCCCUACUGGGAUUGAGUCCCAUUCUAAAAUCCCUUACUAAAUCAACCGCCAGUGACUCCAUCUGGGCAAUGAGCUGUUGGCUUUUAAUCAUGAAUAUAUUUUCCUUCGACUAUGGAAGUGGGGAAGGCGCGGGCGCCACCACCAAGUUCCCUGCUUCGUUGUCUACCAACGCAGCUGUAAUGGCAUCUACUGUUCUUGCCUCGCGGUUGCCUUCCACUACACACGUGUUCAGCCUCAUGCUUUUCUCCAUGGAGGUAUUUGGGCUGUUUCCCAUCUUCCGACGCCAACUGCGACAAAAGUCAUGGACUGGUCAUGUUGUACUGACACUCACUCUCGUGGUCGUUGCCGGUGGCGCUGUCGGUGUUACACUCAGCUGUGGGUGGGCAGCUGCUAUUAUUGGUUCUGUUCUGGGGGGUAUUCUCACUGCUCUCGUGAUGGGCGGGUGCAGCUGGUGGCUUAUCAGCCUACAGAAGUAUAAGAACGUUGUGAUCGGUCCCUGGGACCCUGCGCGUCCUAUCAUUCGGCGCCAUUGGAACUAA